AUGAAGAACCUAUUGUUUCCUCUUACCGCCCUCCUAGUCGGCUCAAGUCUCGCUGCCGAUGUCACAAUCACAGCUCCAGUAUCCAUCCCCUCCAAUGAGCCUGAAUACAAGGAAGGCAAAUCCUUCACAUCAGCCGUCCUCAACAGCACCAACUUCUAUCGCGAGGAACACAACGCAACAGCACUGAAAUGGAACAAAACACUCGAGGAGUUCGCAACAGACUACCUCGAUGACAAUGAUGACUGCGACUUUGAGCACUCUGGUGGACCCUAUGGCGAGAACCUGGCUAUAGGUUAUCCCAAUGUUACUGCGAGCAUCGAAGCUUGGGGUGAUGAGCGAGAUGAGUACAAUUUCGACAAGGCCAAGUUCAGCAAGAAGACUGGACACUUCACGCAGCUUGUGUGGAAAGAUACCACGACUGUUGGAUGCGGAAGAAAGCUCUGCGGCGAACGAGGCUGGUUUCUCGUUUGUGAGUACUGGCCCAGGGGUAAUGUCGAGGGCCAGUUCAAGGAAGAGGUUUCAAAAGAGGAGGGCGGUGCUUUCAGUACAAGACCUGGGCUUGGGCUCGCUCUGGCUUUAUUUAUUGGGUACAUGCUUGUUGUCGUAUAG